AUCACACAUGAAUAAGUCUUGCUUUGUGAAUUGCUGUCGUGGGCAGCUUUGGUGUUGGGUUACUGUUUGCGUCUAGUAGAUUACUAAUUGCUGCAAGAGAUUCCUUUAAAAUGAUUGUGUAGUUUAAACAAGAAUUGGGGGAGUUGAAAAAGAGAUCCCGUCAAUCCCUUCAUCGUAGGCUCAAGACCAGGCAUGGGAUGUAACAAUGCUAUUCGACAUUGUUUUCCAUGUUUUCAAACUCUGGCGGAAGAACCGCAUUACAGACCAUGAUUAUUGUCAGUCGUCGGUAAGGAGCUCAACCAAGUGGCCACCCAUGGGAUGGAACAAUGUUGUGUUUAUAUCAGGUGGAAGAGGAAGGUCUGUAAGGACGCUGCUGUUGUAAUCGGCAUAUCUAGGUUUAAAUUCAUUGAAGAAGUGGAUUUUUGGGAGAAACAACGGAGGAACGGACCCAGGAGGAUUUUCUGGAUUUUGAAUUUGCUUCGGCAGUGCUGCUGCUGCUUUUGUGCCUGUUGUGUUUUGUGUGGCAGAAUCUGUUGGCGGAUUAAUAUUGAUUAAGGUUAUUGUACCCCCUCGACAUAUAUCCUGAAGACCCUUUAAUUGAAGGAGCUCGUGCACUUCCGCUUCAUGGAGCGUUUCCGCACGUAUUUUAGGCGAUUCUCCCCAAAAGCCGUACCCAAGGCGGAUGAGUUACUCAAUAUCUGCACGGAAACAAUACAAAAAUUGAGUUCAAGUACUGAAGUGGGGACUGAAGAUUAUCUGAUGAACAGACACCAAUGUAAUUUUCUCGUUGGAAGGCUUUCAGAUACACGAGAUAGUUUACAAAAGAUUCUAAUCUCACCCCUUCUUGAUGAGAAAACAAUUCUAGCGCUUGAAGAGCUUCAUCAGGUGCUCCUGGAUGUGGAAACGGUUAUCAAUGCCAGCCGCAUCACUUCCUCACAAUGGCCAAGAGCAGCUAUUGAACAAUGGGAGAUGAAAGAGACUUUUUCACGACUACUUUACGACGUUCAAUGGUACACGUCUGUUCUUCUAAGCAUUCUUGUGGACAAUUCCCAGGAGUCAUACAUCACAUUUGAACCAGCAUUGUGCGGCGGUCAGCUGAGUGUGGGGGACGAGUUUUCUCUGCUGACAGCGAUGAAGGAAGAUGAAGAGAGCCUCAAGGACCGCCUCAGAUCUGUGAAGGUGGACGAUCCAAUAGAGAAAUGGCUUGCAAAUCAGUUGCUUAAGCAGACAAUGCGAUCCGAGGAAGAUCAUCUUAACGCGUCGCACCAAUUCCUAAAAAAUAGUGAAGGCAAAGACUCGGAGUCAUCAUUAUUCGUCGACGAUUCAAAUGACUUCAGCUUGGCUACAGCAUCUCCUGGUAUAUUAUUCCUGAAAUAUCAAGAUCUUAACUUCGAUGGCAUCCAACUUGGUAAAGGUGCGUCUGCAACGGUAAGAAGAACAAAGCUUAUAGGUGGACAAUAUGCAAUGAAGACUUUCGAAACUGGUAAUACGACGGAGUUUGAUCAGGAAAUAGCUGCUUUACAGAUAUUGGGGCAGCAUCCUCAUGUAGUACGCCUGCUGUGCUACUCUAAGGAAGAUGACCAGUGCGUCCUCAUCAUGGAAGAAAUGCACAAGGAUCUGUCCACUGUUUUGUCUGAUAUUUCGCGCUACAGAAAACAAAAAGGACUCACACCUACGCGUCCUUUUUCAGAUGUACAAGCUGUUGCCUUGAUGCUCCAAAUUGGGGAAGGCAUGAAGUAUAUUCACAGUAAGGGUAUAGCGCAUCGCGAUCUUAAGUCUCUAAACGUUCUCGUCAACCUUGCAGAUCCUUCAAGCAGACCAUUUUCCAAAAUUAGAUCAGUGAAGAUUGCUGAUUUUGGUCUGGCUAAAACCAAAAACGCCUCUCAGACAUAUUCAAAUCAGACUGUGAACCGAGGUACCAACAAGUGGAUGGCGCCGGAGGUCAUUGAGUUUGGUGACAAGAAGCGCUCCAGGUUCAACCCCAGAAAAGCUGACGUCUACAGUUUUGCCAUCAUCUGCUGGGAGAUUCUGACUGGGAAACUUCCUUACUUUGAUAUAUAUCAAACUGACAGACUGAUAAAAGAUCAAGUGAAGGCAGGCACUUUGAGACCUAACCUUUCAAAAGAAUGUCCUCCGAAGUUGGCUGCUCUAAUUAAAAGAUGUUGGCAUCCAAUUUCUCACGAGCGGCCGCUGUUUCCUGAAAUAUGCAAAGAACUGCGGUACAUCAAAGGGCUACUUUUGAGAGGUGAUCAGAGAACAUUGGAAUUGCAAGAUAGUCCUCCACUUAGAUCCCUGGGAAGAGCGCAGAUUCAAGGACCUUGGGGAGGUGCUGGUGGUGGCAAAUUUCUUGAUAUGGGCACCUCUAUCAAUCGGAUCAAGUUCAAAUACUCACAAUCUCCAGGGCUAGUGGGUUUAAUGGAGGUGGAGUAUAACUUUGAUGGUAAGAACUAUGUGAGAAGAUACUGUGAUGGUUACAAUGGACAUCAAGAGAAAGAGAUAGUAUUUGAGCCCUUUGAGUUCAUCACACAUAUCAGCGGAUGCAAGUCCCAGACAGCCCUACAUGUAUCUGGUAUAGAUAGUCAAGUAGUCAACGUUGAUAGUGUAGUAUCAUUGACUAUCCAUACCAAUAUCAAAAAUUAUGGUCCUUUUGGCCAUGAAAAGGGUGAGCCAUUCACAAGUGCUAUUGGUAGAGUAAUUGGGUUUCAUGGAGGAGGUGGUGCUAUUCUUGACAGCCUUGGUGUUGUGAUAAUUCUUGGUGACACAAGUUGACUUAUGUGAGCUGAUUACCAAGUGAUCACCAUAAAAUCAGACAACUGCUUAAUUCCAUAAAACUGUGAUCACAACAAUUCACAUAUGUGAGCUGAUUAUUAAAACAAAUAGCCAAUCUUCAAAAAUCCA